AUGAGCUCUAGUAGUAAUGAAGAGGAUGCCACAGUUCUUGGAUCUCCAUCCAGCCCCCCGGAAAAAGAAAACUUCUACUUGCAGUAUUUGAUGUUGAAGACCCUUGGCCGUGGAGGCUUUGCCGAAGUAAAAAUGGCCUACCACCGCUUCACCAGCACCCUGGUGGCUGUCAAAGUACUUGAAAAAGAGAAUAAGUGGUGCUUACCGAUCAAACCUGAGGUAAAUAUUAUGAAGAUGAUCAACCACCCCAACAUCAUCUCACUUAUCCAAGUGAUUGAGUCUAAGAAGAAAACGUACCUCAUCAUGGAGCUGGCUGCGGGAAAACAGCUAUAUCGAUACGUCCGAAAGGCUGGACACCUGGAGGAAGACCGUGCCCGGGGGAUCUUCAGGCAAAUCCUAAGUGCUGUGAGUUACUGCCAUGAACAUGGAAUAAUUCAUCGGGACCUGAAACCGGACAACAUCAUGGUGGAUAGGAAUGGAAAAGUCAAAAUCGUCGACUUUGGCCUUGGUGCCAAAGUUAGGCCUGGAGAAAAACUCAGCUUUUACUGUGGGGCUUACAGAUUUUAUGCCCCUGAAUUUCACCUUAGAAGACUUUAUGACGGCCCCAAGGUCGACAUAUGGACGUUAGGAGUGGUUCUAUAUUUCAUGGUAGUCGGGAAAGUCCCAUUUGAUGCUGUCACCCUACCAGAGCUCCGACAUCAGAUUGUGAAUGCGAAUUAUACUGUCCCCUUGGGCAUGUCACCAGAGCUCCAGGACCUGCUUAGCCUCUUAAUGACAGUCGACCCCAGUCUUAGGCCAACAGUGGAAGAAGUGAAAAGACAUCCCUGGCUCAGGGAAGACAUGGAGGCUUCACCAAAUGACUGUGAAGAAAUGGUCCCUGGCUUGCCUGACCCUGCAAUUGUGAAAGCCAUGGAACACAUUGGGUUCCAAGCCCGGGACAUCAAAGAAUCAUUACACAAGAGAAAAUUCAACCAGACCAUGGCAUUUUAUUGCUUACUAAAAGGGCAGGCUCUCCAGUGGCCUACCUGCACAACCUUGGCUCAACCUGUGAAUCCAGGGGUGGCACCAUUCCCUUCCCUAGAGGAUCCUGUUGCUUUCCCUCUACCACCCAGGAGGAGGAGGAGUGAGCCUGCCCUUGGCACAUUGCUCAGAGGGUCAUCCACUAGUGGUCAGGUGUCUGCCUAUGGCCAGCGGCCAGGUCAAAGAGGAGACAGAAGGGCCACCAUUCCUCUCCACAUGCCACUCCAGAGAACAAUCACUUCGGACCAAGACCACCAAUGCUCCAAGAGUGCCCCCUGCAUUUGCUCAGUGAGUACCAGCACUGAUAACACAGAAGACAUCUUAUGCUCCCACAGAGACUCAGCAAAGGACAAGUCCACCCGCAGCCAUGGCCAGCCUCGAGGCUUGAGGGCAUUGGCAAGGAGGAUAGGAAAUGCCUUCAUGAGACUCUUUUGCUGCUGUCCAUCAAGGAAGAAACCUCGCUGGGGGCAGAACAAAAUCUUGCCUCAGAAAUGA